AUGGCCGAGCACGAGCAAUUCACUCUUAAGCACGGUGAACACCUCCUCCUCGUACGUUCUCGACCCUCCCCAUCUCCACGACUGCCCGACUGCCCGACUGCCCCCCUCGAGAAAGAUGCCACGUCCUUGCUAACCAAAGUUCCAACCCCUCCCCCCCCGGCGCAGGACCAGUGGUUGCUCCGACUCCCCAACGAGCUCCUCCGCAAAAACUUCCGCGCCGCCCACUUCACCAUCGAAAAGGACACGGCCGCGCUCAAGACGCUGCUCAAGGACGCCGCGACGGCCGCCGCCUCGGGCCGCGGCGCCACGCAGCAGGAUGCCCUGCGCAGCCUCGACGCCAUGCUCGGCCGCAUGCGCGGCGUCAAGCGCAAGCUGGCCGCCCACGCCGACACCGAGGAGCGCCUGCACGCCCAGUCCGCCGCCCGCAUCGUCCACCUCGACCAGCUCUACGCCGUCCGCGGCGCCGACGACGUCCGCUACGAGGCCUGGAGCCGUCGCCGCCUCGACCGCCUCUUGGCCGACUACCUCCUGCGCCACGGCUACAACGACACGGCCGAGCAGCUGGCGCGCGAGCGCGGCAUCGAGGCCCUCGUCGACAUUGACACGUUCAAGAGCAUGAGCCAUAUCCGCGAGGCCCUGCGAGGCGGUAGUAUUGCUGAGGCGCUGGCGUGGUGCACCGAGAAUAAGAAGGAGCUCCGAAAGAUGGAGAGCAAACUCGAGUUCCUCCUCCGCUUCCAGCAGUACAUUGAGCUCAUCCGCACGCAGUCCCAGCCCAAGCUCCUCGAGGCCAUUGCCCACGCCAAGAAGCACCUCAUCCCCUACUGGCACACAUACCCGACCGAGGUCAAGCAGGCCGGCGGCCUGCUCGCCGUCCCGCCCGGCGCCAGCCACCGCGCCUACGCCCACCUCUACGCCCCCGCGCGCUGGGCCCAUCUCGCCGACGUCUUCACCACGGCCCACUACAGCCUCCUCGGCCUGCCGCCGGCGCCGCUGCUGCACCUCGCGCUCUCCUCGGGCCUCUCCGCCCUCAAGACGCCCGCGUGCCACUCGUCCGCCGCCGCCGGCGGCGGCGGCGGCAAGAACAAGCACCCGCCGUCCACCAUUGGCCACGGCGUCUGCCCCAUCUGCUCCGUCGAGCUCAACGACCUCGCCCGCAACGUGCCCUAUGCCCACCACACAAAGAGCCAUGUCGAGCACGACCUCGUCCUGCUCCCCAACAAUCGCGUCUAUGGCCGCCAGCGCCUCAGCGAGCAAGCCAAAAAAGCCGGCCUGCCACAGGCCCUCGUCAAAGACAUCGUCACUGGUGAGGUCUAUCCUGGCGAAAGUCUCAGGAGGGUCUUUAUUACAUAG